AUGGAAACCUACCUCUCCUCCACCUCCUCCUCCUCCGGCAGCAGCGGCGGGGUUGCCGCGGCAGCAGACUCGAGCGGGGAGAUCGGCGUGGGCGGUUUUGUCGCCUCGUCGCCGGCGCGCGGUUGCCGUAGCUACACGCCGCUCGAGAUGCAGGAACGAGCGUCGGGUCUGUCGUCUAGCCGUACUGACUCCACGCCGUCAGCAAGCGGCUGCGACGGAAGCGAGGGGUCGGGUUCGCAGCGUAGCACGGGUUUCGUCGUCGGAGCGUCCGCGUCCGAUUCGCGCGGGGAUCGGAUCGACGGCGAACCCUCGCGGCGCUCGACCGAACAUGGCGACGAGGAUAUCACGACGAGCGACUUCGGCAUUGCGAGACGGCGCGGAGGCGCGUCCCCCCGCAGUGGCGCGUCCCCCAGCGGCAGCGGCGCAACCCGAUCGACAACGCAUCCUCGGCCGCGUCGGUUUUCAUCCGACUCGAAGGGAGCCGACAACGGAGAGUCCGCCGCGGAGCCGGCGCGGGGCGAGAGCGUCGGCGAUGCCGCCUCCGUCUCGCGUCUCACCAGCCUCUGCGGCAUGGACCCGUCGGAGAGCGAAGGGGUCAGUUCGUCGACCGCCGGGUCUUCCGGCGGCUCCGCGGGAAGCGCUGCCGCUGCGGGGACCGGCGGUGCGUGCGUGCGGACGAGCGGAGAGGUCGCAGACGUGGGGUCGCGGGGAGCGGGCCGGGUCCCUCCGAGGCGGCCGGACGCGACGGGCGGCGGCGAGCCGUCGUCGUCGGGCGAGACGACGCGCGACCCCAGCGACGACCUGUUCGCGUGCAGCGGCGACGACGCCGUCGCCCCGUCCCUCGCCGUCCCGCCGAGGCUCUCCUCCGAUGGUGGCGCCCUCUCCCUGUCGUUCCCUGAUGGCAUCUCGCUCGCUCUCUCCUCCUCUAUCAGUGGCGCCCUUCAAUCAUCGUCCACCGACAGCGGCGCCCUCCCACUGUCGUUCUCUAACGGUGGCGUCCUUCCAUCGUCGUCCCCUGACGCGCGUCCGCCUGGCGGCCUUCCCUCGCCGCGUGCCGACGCCGCGUCAUCGAACGGAACGGGAAAGGUGACUGCGCUGUCAGUCGGCGGCGGCGGCGGAGGAGAGGCUCCCCCUGGCGAGGAGGAGUGGCCAGCGGCGGGCGGCGAUGCGUCGUGGCGCCACGAGGUGGUCGACUCGAGUCUGGGUCUCGUCGUGACGGACGUGAGGUCGCUGAAGAACGCUUCGUCUCCCUGCGACGGCGACGCGGAGUCUUCAUUGUCGGAUCCCUCGCUCACGAAAGCUGUGCUGGAGGGUGGCCCGACGACCGAGUGCGGGAUUGAGGUCAGCGACAUGAUAGUAGUGCCGCUCUUAUACGCUCCCACGGAGAACAUGGACACGAGUGAGAACUGA